ACAGUUGGUUGACAGGCGACAGCUCAACUGCCUGAAUGGGCUGUGAAUGCGGCUGAUUUUCUCCGUUCGCAAAGCGCCGCCCGACUUGCCCGGAUGAUAAUAUCAGCUUAUCAUUCGCCCACAAUCACCGACGCCCGUGCGCGCACCGUGGAGUCAUCGCCAUCCGCACGCCCGCGACUUUUGGGGCGCGCUCGCUAAAUGCGCCCGAGUGCAACCGCACACAUUGCAAGUCACUGAAAGAUGGCCAAGGAUUAUGAUCACUUGUUUAAAUUGUUAAUAAUUGGCGAUAGCGGGGUGGGCAAAAGCUCUCUGCUGUUGCGCUUCGCCGAUAACACAUUCAACGGCAGUUAUAUCACCACAAUCGGCGUGGACUUCAAGAUACGCACGGUGGAUGUGAAUGGCUCGCGAGUUAAGCUGCAGAUAUGGGACACAGCAGGGCAGGAACGAUUUAGAACAAUUACUAGCACGUACUAUAGAGGCACCCAUGGUGUAAUUGUGGUCUACGAUGUGACAAAUGGUGAAUCUUUCGCGAAUGUGAAGCGAUGGCUGCACGAAAUUGAACAAAAUUGUGAUGUUGUAAAUAAAGUGCUUGUGGGGAACAAAAACGAUGAACCAGAAAGAAAAGUCGUACUCACCGAGGACGCGAAACGCUUCGCCAGCACGAUGCAGAUCGAAUUGUUCGAAACGUCCGCAAAGGACAACCUCAACGUCGAGGAGAUGUUCCUGAGCAUCACGCGUGAAGUCCUCCGGCAGAAGCUGGACAUGCGGGAGCGCCAGCAGGGCGAUAAUCAGGACACCGUCAACCUGCGCAAAGCCAACAAACCCAAGCGGAAGAACUGCUGCUAGCAGCGCUCUACAACCAACAAAAUAAAAACAACUCCAGUCAGCAGACAAGACAGUAAAAACAAUAAUUUUACAAUUAAGAAACAAACAAUAUUCAAAAAAAAAAAAUGAAGUAAGUGCAUGAUUCACAUGUGUGCUACAAUUCCAAUUUGUUUGUCGUCGCAAUUUGAUACUAGUUAAGUAUGUUUAGGUAAGCAAACGUAACGCAGUACCCAAAAAUUAUUUUUUAACGCCCCACUUAUCGUACCGAAUGUUUGAAAUUAACAAAAUGAGAGACAGAACUGAUGAUAUUAACCUAGUUAAUAGCAGAUACAUCAAAAUAGCAAACAAAGCAAGCAUUUGUUAACCAUUAUUCGUUUAGAGUUUGUGUGUGCGAAAUAAUUGCCAAUCUAAUGAUUCCACUCUUUUAGUUUAUUACUACUUUAUUAUUACUAUGAUGAUGAUGAUGAAGAUGAUUCUGUACUAUUGCAACUUAUGAUGAUGUUAUUGUAAAUCUAUAUUCAUUCUCCCUUUGUAUUGUAUUGUAUGUAAUUAAGUAAGGAGAUUAUUUUUAUGAAUUCUUUUAUCAGUGCGCGUGUGAGAUGGCUGCGUGGUGAAUUGAUGAAUGUUGUUGCAUUUUAUACCAGUCAUAUCUAUCCGAUGAUGUUGAGGUGCAGUGCGAAGAGCAAUGCCGGAUUGCUUUCGGCGUUUGUGAAUAUUUACAUACAUACAUGGACACAUGAUGAGAAAUGAUGUACUUUGUGUAUAAAAAUAAACAAAAUCAUGGAA